GCCCCGAGCGGCGGUAUAUAAGCCGGUGUGCAGGCCCGGCACCUGACGUAUCUGCCAUCAGGCGAGAGUGAGGCCGGCCGGGUAGGGUAGCCACUAGCCAGUGCACCGUGCGAUCGAUCGACCGGCCGGGAUGCCGAAGCUGCAGCGGUACAGGGGCGUCAGGCAGAGGCACUGGGGCUCCUGGGUCUCCGAGAUCCGCCACCCGCUCAUGAAGACGAGGAUCUGGCUGGGCACGUACGAGACGGCGGAGGACGCGGCGCGGGCGUACGACGAGGCGGCGAGGCUCAUGAGCGGGCCCGCGGCGCGCACCAACUUCCCCUCCUCCACCAACGGUGUCGCUCCCGCCGGCGCCGGCGGCCUCUCCGCGACCCUGCGCGCCAAGCUGGAGAAAUGCUGCAUGGCGACGCCGCCGCCGGUGCAAAACGUCGAGGCGACCAAGCAGGCGGCGAGGGCCGGGCGCGACGCCGCUCGCCGAAACAGGGUCGAGGACGUGGUCAAGCGCGUGGACGAGGAGGAGGAGUGCAUCGAGGAGAUGAUCAGGGAGCUCACCCACUACGGCUCCGUGGAGAUCGUCGCCCCCUCCGCCUGCUCCAGCUCCGUCGUCUAGCUAGGAUAGCCCGCCGACCGUCGUCCAGCCAGACCGACCGCUCCCCUAGCUAGCUAGCCAGGCCAUGUCCAUCUCCAUGUCCAUCAGAACAUCCCCUUCGUCUCUCCCGACUGGGUUUUGUUAGGUAAAAAAAACAUGUAGCAGUAAACCAGUACUAAUAUACACCCCAUAUCCAUCCAUUAGCCGCCGUGGCUCAUCAUCGGCACAUGUCAUGUACACACUCCAUUAGCCGGAGAAAACGGAGGAGCAUCAUCGCAUCAGGCAAUGGCCUUGUCGUCGUCGUCGUCGGCAUUGCAAUAACCGGCCGGGGACCCUUUCCCUAGGAUCGUGCUCUGCUGCGUCUGCCUGCAACGGGAAGGGGACCGGGGAUCUUUCAGGAUAAGGGGGCUCGAUUUGGGUCAUGAUGUGAAAACUGUGUCCCGCUCUGUCGCGUAGCAGCGUGCAUCUGGCCGUCGUAGCCUCCUCUCUUUUUCUCUCGUUGUAUAAUCUUUGCUCUGGAAACUGCGCAAGAUAUUCCCGGUACGAGCGGCACAGUGCAGACCUUUUCUCAGUGGACUGAUGUGACGCUUGCAUGGCCGAUAGAUCGGACGCAUCUCCAUGUUAUGGCCGAUCGAACUGUCCUCGCCAUUCCAUCUUGAGCAGUCAAGAUGGAUGGAUAGAUAGAUCGCAGGACGUCAAGGACGAAAUUUCCGGGAGGUUCAGUUACUCCGUGGCUAAGCAAAAUCAGGGGAGAAGAACAAGAGUUUGACCCAUACGAGUCGCCCGCUACGGAACAAAGCGGCCGCGUGGAUGUGACAGCAGCUUGAACAUGGCAUAUGUCAGCCAUUCGAGUUGAUG